CAGCAUAGCACUAUUUACGACGCAGACAAGCUGCUGGUCUCGCCCGGUCGUCUGAAGCUCAAGCAAGCCAUCACACGCACCUCUCUGCGCGCCACUCCUGCUUCUGCUACGACUUAUUAAAGAACGACAGCACCCCUCCGCGCGCCUGUAAACAUGCCUCCCUACAAUCCAUUCAAAAUCAACGCGAACUUCCUCCGCCCUCCCCUCAAGGCUAGUGUAAUGAGUACUCAAGUUGCCGUCGCGGCUGGUGUUGCUGGCCUGGGAAUCUACGCCUUCUAUCUGAGACGGAACGCAAGCGGGAGCGCAACGGGAACUGCUUUAGCCACAAACAUGGACGCCAGCGAUCUCAAGCCGGGCAAGCUGCCUCUGUCAGGCUUUGGCUUCCACAGCUUGCGCCUCCACAGCACCGAGCUCAUCAACCACAACACCAAGAAGUUGCGUUUCGAGCUUCCCGACCCCUCUCAGCCCAGCGGCAUGGGCCUCACCUCUGCCCUUCUGACCAUUUCCUUCCCCAAGGGACGAUGGCUCCCUGUCAUCCGCCCGUAUACCCCCACAAAUGACCUAAACGAACCCGGCUUCGUCGAGCUCAUGGUCAAGCUCUACCCCGGCGGCAAGCAAAGUACUCACCUGCACUCGCUCCAGCCUGGCGACACCCUAACCGUGGCCCCCAUCCCCGAGCUCAAGUGGACUCCCAACAAGCAUCCGCACGUGGCCAUGAUCGCCGGCGGAGCCGGUAUCACUCCCAUGUACCAGCUCGUCCGCGGCAUCCUGACCAACCCGGCCGACAAGACCCGUAUCACCCUCGUCUGGGGCGUCAACACGGACGAAGACAUCUUUCUGCGUGACCAGCUCGCCGAGCUGGAGCAGAACUAUCCUGGCCGCUUGAAGACUGUUUACGUCGUUGCUCAACCUGUAGCACAGUCUCCGUAUCAGAAGGGAUUUGUGACUAAGCAGGUGCUAGAACAGGCCGGGCUCAGUGGUGCGACGGAGAAGAGCAAGGGGACCAAGGUGUUGCUUUGCGGACCGCCGGCCAUGGAGAAGGCGUUGAAGGGAACGAAGGGAUGGGUAGGAGCUGGUAAGAAGGGGGUGUUGCAGGAGUUGGGGUAUACCCAGGAUCAGAUUUACAACUUUUAGAUAGGUGAACUUUGGAAGGCCAGGUUUGCAUGGCUUCGGCUUGUGAUGCAUGGGGUUGACGGGAGUUUGUAUGAUGAGUGGUGACAAUGAAAUGGUUGGUACA